GCCGCCGGCAAUAACAGUAUGAACCACGGCUUCCGGGUGGCGCGUGUGGAUGACGUAUUUCCAGCAUGGGAGCCAACCAAAUUGGUGGGAAGGGGCGGUCCAGCAUGAGAGAGAGAGAAGACCCACUUACAGGGAAGUGCUGCAGGCAGGCCUUAAUGAACCCCUGGAGAUAGCUGAAUCUUACCUAGAGAGCGGGCCACCUGUCUGCUAGAAGGCCAAUGGUCGUGAGCCGGCAGGUUGCUGGUUCAGGUGAAGUUAAUGAUAUUUGGCGGGUUCUGAGGGAAGCUGGACUCACUGUAAGAUUUUGGACCAUUUCCAUUUAACAUGAAGAGAUAUAAUGAGGCUGAGAUCCAAAUCCAUAAUUGAACUUUUUAUGUUUCAUCUCCACCUUACAGCUUAACUUGAAGGUAUCUUUGAGUAUCUGUGGAGUCCCAAUGAGAAAUCCCAUAGCAAAGACUGUGGGAUCUUCCUUCUGACCCUAGAAGAGCCUGUUAAGUCUACAGACUUCAACAGAAUUGGAGAACCUGAACAGAGCAGAGUUACCAACAAGAGAGCCUAGGGAUAGCAUUGACAUGGUGGCCACCCAAGACCCUCCUCAGCCAGCGAGACAUGGCAAGGCCUAUGAGGUCCCAGUGUCAUUUGAAGAUGUGGCAGUAGAUUUCAGUAGAGAGGAAUGGCAGCAAUUGGACUCUUCUCAAAGAUGCCUAUACCAGGAUGUAAUGCUGGAGAACUACAGCCACCUGCUCUCAGUGGGUUUUAAAGUUCCCAAAUUAGAGGUCAUCUUCAAGUUGGAGCAAGGAGAAGAACCAUGGAUAUUGGAGGAGGAAGCCCCACACAAGAGCUGUUCAGAUGCAAAGUUUAGGAUUAAGAAUUCACGGAUAAGAAUUUCUGAAAAAGCUACAUUUUAUGGUGGAACAGUGGAUGAUGAUUCAAGAGAUGAUUUGUUGUAUUCCAUUUUAGAAGAACUGUGGCAAGAUUCUAAACAGAUGAUAAGAUACCAGAGAAAACAGAACAACCCUUUGAGUCAUGCUGCUUUCAAUAAGAAAAUAUUGAAUACCAAGAGGGAUUAUGAAUGUACAGACAUUGGAAAAUAUACACACCCAAGACCAAAUGCUGUUCCUUUACAGAAAAGACCCCAUAAGAAAGACUCAUUUGGAACAGCAACAAAGAAUUUUGACAAAAUAAUGGGCCAUAGGCAAUUUUUUGCCCACAGUAGUUCUUAUACUAACCUCAAAAAUCCACAUAUGGGAACAGAAUUCUGGGAAAGUAAUAAGUAUGGAAAAGUCCUGAGAAUCCAGCAUACACUUAGUCAAAGUAUGAAAUAUCCUGUUGGGGAAAAGGCAAAAACAGGUGCUGCAUUUGGAAGGAUAUUCACCCCAAAAUCACACCUCUUCAUUCCUUCCAGAAUUCACAAUGUGGACAAACCUCAUGAACUUAGCAAAUGUGUGAAUGUUUUUACACAGAGGCCACUACUUAGUAUAUAUUUGAGAGUUCAUAGAGAUGAAAAACUAUACAUAUGUACUAAAUGUGGGAAGGCAUUCAUCCAGAAUUCUGAAUUAAUGUUGCAUGAGAAAACUCACAUUAGAGAAAAACUCUACAAAUGCAAUGAAUGUGGGAAAUCAUUUUUCCAUCUGUCAUCUCUACUUAGGCAUCAGACAACCCAUACUGAAGAAAAACUCUAUAAAUGCAGUGAAUGUGGUAAAGACUUGCCCUUGAGCUCAACCCUUACUAUACACCAGAAAAUUCAUACUGAGGAGAGACAUCACAAAUGUAAUGAGUGUGGGAAGGCCUUUACCCAAAAGUCAACACUCCGAAUGCAUCAGAGAAUUCACACAGGUGAGAGGUCCUAUAUAUGUACUGAAUGUGGGCAGGCCUUCAUCCAGAAGGCACACUUGAUUGCACAUCAAAGAAUUCAUACUGGAGAAAAGCCUUAUGAAUGCAGUGACUGUAGAAAAUCCUUCCCUUCUAAGUCUCAACUUAAAAUGCAUAAGCGAAUUCAUACAGGAGAAAAACCUUACAUAUGCACUGAAUGUGGGAAGGCUUUCACCAACAGGUCAAAUCUCAAUACUCACCAGAAGUCUCAUACUGGAGAGAAGUCUUACAUAUGUUCUGAAUGUGGAAAGGCCUUCACUGACAGGUCAAAUUUCAAUAAGCACCAGACCAUUCAUACUGGGGAAAAACCCCAUGUUUGUGCCAAUUGUGGGAGGGCCUUCAUCCAGAAGUCAGAGUUGAUUACACACCAAAGAAUCCACACUAUGGAGAAGCCUUAUAAAUGUCCUGACUGUGAGAAAUCCUUCUUUAAGAAACCACAUCUCAAAGUACACCAGCGAAUCCACACAGGAGAGAAACCAUAUAUAUGUUCAGAGUGUGGGAAGGCCUUCACUGACAGGUCUAAUUUCAAUAAACACCAGACAGUUCACACUGGGGAUAAACCUUAUAAAUGCAGUGACUGUGGAAAGGGCUUCACUCAGAAAUCAGUUCUUAGUAUGCAUCGUAGUAUUCAUAUGUAAAAGUAACCCUGCUUCAUCAAAACAAGACAAUUUCAUGACAGAAGUAAAAUCUAAGUGUAUGUUAUAAGAUUCAUCAAAGAGAGACACUGUGUGAAUGCCUCACCAGAAGCAUUAUCCAGCUUAUCACCUGAGAUAAGUUAUUUUGAAAAGACCCUUUAAGAAUACAUUGGAAAAGGGGAAAUUUCUAUAUUUGCAUGGCCUCACAAAAAACAUAACGGAAUUUAUAUUGGGAAAAUAAUGUUAGAAAUGUCUUCUUAUAGGAAGUAUUACAAAGUAAAUUGUUAUAAAAUAUUUUUAAAGAUUUCAAAAUUAUGCAAAUUUUAGUAAUGUUAUGGUAAUCAAUUAAAAGUAAUGCCAAAAUGAGUUAUAAAGCAACAAAAUAAUGUAUUUGUGUAAAACUCUUGAGUUGUGUAGAGUGUUUGUGGUGAAAUACACUGUGUAAUAAUGAAGGAUAAUUGAAGUUCCUUUUUAAAAUUAGAAUGAUUGUGUCUAUCAAAUAUAUUUACCACUGAAUAUUCCUUUCAAGUGUAUCCACAAGUCAAAAGUCAUUUUGAUUUUGUGUGUAUACACAUCUGCAGAUAUAAUUUUCUAUGGACACAUAAAAUUAUCCCACCAUUCACUCUGGAGACCAUGAAAUAGUAUUCUUAUUUUUCUUUCAUUUUGGUAGAAAGACAGUAGCCACAGAUUCCUCUCAUCUUUUUGUUUGUUUUUCAAGACAGGGUUUCUCUAUAUAACAGUCCUAGCUGUGCUGGAACUUGCUUUGUAGACCAGGCUGGCCUUGAACUCAUGGAGAUCCACCUGCCUCUGCCUCCUGAGUGCUGGGAUUAAAGAUGUGCACCACCACUGCCCUGGUGCCUCUCAUCUUUUUAUGAAUGCCCCUUUGUAGUGUUACUUUGUUGUAUUUUUGUAAAGAAGUAACUUCUCUUUGCUCCUUGACUUUGAUUUUGACUAUGACUGGCUUUGGCUAGAGGACCUUAAGAAAGAGAAUUUAGAAGUGAAAGCCUGCCUCAAGGUUUACCCUUUCUACCUGCUCUUUGGAAUUCUGAGACCUCUACAUGAAAAAUCUCAGAUCACCCUACUGGGAGAUUUAAGAAACCACAUAGAGCAGACCAACCCAGCUCAACUGGGAUCUGAUAGGCCAAAUAUCUUGCCAGUUGUUAGACAUAGGAGUGAAGCUUACUAGAUUUCUAGUCCCAUCUAAGGCAGUCCAGCCCAGAAUAGCCAUAUGAGUUAUUCUAGCCAAACUGGCAUUGUGAAAUAAUCACUAUUUUAAAUAGCUGCAUUUUGGGCUGGUUCGUUGCAUAGCAAAUGCUAAGUAAUAUGUAAAAGGAUAUUAAUAAUGGCCUUGGGUAUCAGGUAGAGAAUAGAAAAAUAAUGAGGAGAGCUUAGUAAAAGGUAGUCCACAUUACUUAGUAAGGGAAAAGUAGAAAGAUAACCACAGUUCUCUUUGGGAAGAUAAAGAAUAUGUCAAAUGAACUUGUGGAUCUUACUUAAGGAGAUUUGUGAUACAACAAUAGAAGUAUCACUUUGCUGCUUUUAGCUGCAUAUGAUAAAGUACAGAAAAGGAAAGAUAAAUUCAACAAAUAACUAUUCCAACUGGCAAGCAGAAUCAAAAGUAAUACCAAAAAGGCAAGACUUGAGGGGUUGAGAAAUAACUGUUUUACAUAGGUAAUCACCCAGUUAUCAAAAUAUCCUCAAGGUAUAUAAACUGUCCUGGGGUAAAGGUCAGCUAUGGGUGUGUCUGUACAAGUCUUUAUUACAAUAUGUAGAAUACUGCAUUGGUGCUGAACUAGUGAGUACUUCUAUGUAAUAUUUCACAGUACUUUGACAAACUGCUCUAAAAAUAGAGAGGCUUAUCAUAAAGAGUCAUUGAUGUGACAUUUUGGGCAUGAACUAGCUCAAACAAGAUCCAUAGAAAACUAAAGAGAGUUUUGCUCUUAAAAUUACCUCAAGAUUGGUCUUAAAGUGACUGAAAUAAUUCAAAAUGAAAAGUGGUUUGGACAACUCUACCUAACAUCUACAAGUAUGUUAUUAGCUGAGAAAUUUACUUAUCUAGUUGUAAAUAUGGAUCAGUUCUUAUUGGAAAUGCCAGAGGUCUCAGAAGGAAGACCCAAGUAUAAUAUUUUAAAGUGAACGGGAGAGCCAUUCUCAGGAAAAUUGUGCCCUAAUCAAGAAGCAGUAUCUGUUCCUAGAAUAAAGGGAACUGGACUAUGUUUGUUGGAUUUCAGAAUUGUUUUGGUAUGAAACUGUGAUAUAGGCUUCUUGUUCCUCCUCUUUUAGACUUGGACUAUAUUAUAGUCACCCUAUUCCCAUGCUACCCUAUAUACAUAGUAUUUGUGUUUUGGGAGGAAGAUAUAAAAUGUCAUUUAUCUCACAGGUAUCUGAAUGUAAAAAGUUGAGAAACUAUUCAGGAUACCUAGCCAAAUCUGGGCUUGACAUAGAAGACUUGAAAUCCUAGAUAUGAGCUUGAUAUCAUCAUUGUGGCUGAGAUAUUUGAAGGGCCAGGAAAGACAGUGGAUAUAUUUUUCAUGGGAUUGUACUAUGAAUAAUGUGUGACCAGAAGAUACACUAUUUUAGAAAAAAAAUGCUGCAUAGUUCUCUUAGGAGUCCAGAGCCCCUAUGUACAAAAGGUCUAGAAUGUGCUGUUGGAAGAUGAGAGACCAUAUGGAACUCUGAUGAAGCAGACAAGCCAUGCCUGCUAAGGCAACCUAGACUAACUAGAUUUUCAAUUGCCAACAUGUGAAUGGAGUUAUCCUAGCUACUCAACCCUAGUAAAAACAACUGGACAGCAGUCUCUGGUAUGAUCCUGAGUGAUGCUUACCUCUUGGUAUUCAUGCUCUUAUACUAUGCCCCAUCCCCCCAGAUUUGGGCUGGAUUUAGUGAACCAAAUGAGGCAGAGGUAAUAAGAUGUCACUUCCAAGAUAAGGUUCUGUGGCUUCUGUUUGGGGUGUGCUCUUAGUUUUUCAGAUGGCUUACCAUACAGGAAGCCAACUGUCAUUUCAUUUGAUAGCCCCGUGGAAAUACCAAGUGAGAGAAUUUUGUGGAAUGUAUCUUCCCUAAAUAUGAUCUUCAGAGGAUACCAGAGCCAAAUAGCUUGAAUAUAACCUUUUAAGUUGAGACCUUCAACCUGAGGCCCUCUUCUGAGCUAUACCCAAAUUUCUGAUCCACAAAAAUUAGGAGAAAACAAAUGUUUGUUUUAAGCUGCUACAUUUUAGUGUGAGUUUUUUUUUCUGACAACAAUAGGAGAGUAAGAUACUAGUCAUCCAUCCCAAACUAAUGUACUGGAGGAUUAAAAUGUUUAGUUUGUUGUUUUAAGGCACCAAGUUUGGGGUAGCUUAUUCCCAGAAAGAAAAAGCUACCUGUUACUCCACUACUGAAUUUCCUCUUCUGUUAUUCUUCUCUCACAAAUUGAGGAGUAAUCAACAACAAUGAGCACUUUGAUAUUCAGUAUUGUGUGUAGACAUUUGUGUGUUACUAUGCAUGUAGCUAGUUAUUUGCUGUUUUGGUUUUUGAAAGUAGUAGAUUCAUAGCUGAAGAUGUAGCUCAGUUGAUAUACUACUUGCCUAGCAUUCAGGAAGCCCUGGUUUCUGUCCUCCUUAGCCCCAUAUAAAAACCAGGUAUGGUGAUACAAGUCUGUAAUUCCAACACUGGAGAGGAAGCAGGAUGAUCAGGAGUUCAUAGUCAUCCUUAGGGAGUUUGAGGUCAGCUUAAGCUAUAUGAGACCCUGCCUCCACCCUCACUCCACCCUCCAUCACAGAAAAGUAGUGUUGUUUACAAUCAUCUGCUUUGACUGGGAAACAGAAGUACGCUUACCUCCCGGGACUUCUUUAAUAAAGUGCCAUAAUUUUGGUUGCCUAAAACAACAGAAGUAUUUUAUCUCACUAGAAUUUAUUAUCUUUGUAGAAUAAGUCAAAAUCAAGUCAUCAUAAAGUUCACACUCUUCCUAAAGGCAUUAUAAAACUAACUUCUCCAUGCCUGUCACUGCCCCCAUCCCUUUGAGACAGGUUCUCACCAUGUAGCCCUGGCUGGCCUAGAACUCACUAUGCUGGACUCAAAGAGAUCUGCUUGCCUUUCCUCCCUAGUGCUGGGAUUAAAGGUAUGUGCCACCACUUCAGCCCUUGUCUCACUUUUAGCAUCUGGUAGCCUCAGGUGUUAAAAUUGUAGGCAUAUCACUCCAUGGCCAUAUUCUGUGUUUCUUUGUGUUUAAAUUUCCUCCUUUGUAAGGUUACCUGUUAUAUGGUGUUAGUGCCCACUCUACUAACUUCAUUUAAACUAUAUUACAUUUGUAAAGACUUUCCAAAUAAGGUCAAUAUUUGAUGUACUGAGGUUAGGAUUUCCAAUCCCACUAUCUCUUUCCCCUCCUCCUCCUCUUCCUCCUUUUCCUCUUCUUCCUCCUUCUCCAAAAAAACCUUAAUGAAUACUAGAUAUAUCCUGCUUACUGAGCCUGCCUGUGUGUGUGCGACCAUGCACCUGGGCCACAGAAGCUGGAUUUGAGAUUUUUUUGUUUUCUUUUUUUAAUUAAGAAUUUUUUUAUUCAUUUUACAUACAAACCACAGAUCACCUUCUCAUCCCCCCUCCCGCUCCCCCCAGCCUUUCCUCCAAGCCCACCCCCAACCCCUCUCCGAAAAGGUAAGGCCUCCCAUGGGGAGUCAGCAAAGCCUAGUACAUUCAGUUGAGGCAGGUCCAAGCCCCUCCCCCUGCAUCAAGGCUGUGCAAGGUGUCCCACCAUAGGUUAUGGGCUCCAAAAUGCCAGUUUAUGCACCAGGGUAGAUCCUAUUCCCAUUGCCAGGGGCCCCUUAAACAGACCAAGCUACACAACUGUCUUGCUUAUGCAAAGGGCCUAGUCCAGUCCCAUGCAGCCCCCACAGCUGUUGGUUUAAAGUUCAUGAGUUCCCACUAGCUUGGUUUGGUUGUGUCUGUAAGUUUCCCCAUCAUGAUCUUGAUGCUCCUUGCUCAUAGAAUUCCUCUUCCCUCUCUUUGACUGGACUUCUGGAGCUCAGCCUGGUGCUUGGCUGUGGAUCUCUGCAUCUGUUUCCAUCAGUUACUGGAUGAAGGCGCUAUGAUGACAGGGUAUUCACCAAUCUGAUUAUCAGGGUAAACCAGUUCAAGCACACUCUCCACUGUUGCUAGUAGUCUAAGGUGGGGUCAUCCUUGUGGAUUCCUGGGAACUUCUCUAGCACCAGGUUUCUCCCUAUCCCUGUGAUGUUUCUCUCUAUCAAGAUAUCUCUUUCAUUGCUCUCUCACUCCAUCCCUGUUCCAGCUCAACCAUCCCAUUCCCUUAGGUUCUCACCCCCGAUCCCCUACCCUCCAUUGCCUCCCUGGAUUGGAGAUUUUAUUGGUUGUAUUUAAGUCUCAUAUGAUCAUAUAAAGAACAUAUGUGGAGUAACAGGCAAAGCAAGCUAGCUUGUAUACAAACAUUUGAAGUUGGUUGGAUAAAAUUUGUAUAUAGAGAUGAUUAAAAAAAACAGGUGAGAAUUGAGCUAACAAGAGUUAUUUUCAAGGAACAUUUCAAGGGAUGAUGUUUAAACUGGAGGUCAGUUUAUAUGGGCAUAAUGUGAGGACAUUGUUAACUUAGAUGAAUGCUAUUUUGAAAAUGAAUUUAAGGAAAGCAAUUGAGGAAACCUGAAGGAAUGACUAUAUUCUAGUAACAUUACUUUAUCAAACAAAACAACCUCUCUAAAUAGAAAAUGUGAGGUCAUGGGACUGGAUUGCUCUGUGGAAGUCUGAAUUAAACUGGGAAAUGAGAGUUGGCCAGAAGUAGAAAUGACAAGAGGUCCAAGGGAAGGAGUAACCUUGCCUCUAAAAGUCCUUGAGAUGAAGGACAGAUGAACAGGUACCUAGCAGAUUCAAUUUUUUCCUCAUCUUCUUCCUCUCUAUAACAUCUUUCUUUCCAUCCCCCAGGUCUACUGACCAACUGUGGCUCACCACUAUGCUUAGAUGCUGGUGGUCCUCAAAGGGAACAGCUUCUCAUAGACUUCAGUACUAAACCCAUCACAGCUCUACUUAAGCAACUGGCUUCUUAAAUUUUCUUAAAGCACUACCCACCCAUUGCAAUAACUACCCUUCCAACUCAAACUUUCUUGCCUUUCCUUCCCCAGCUACUUCUACAAAUUGAGUUUGUCCCAGUUAAUAUUUUAAAAUCCUUUAUCCAAUAAUUCUUAGUAAUUAAUGAUUUUCUGAAAACAUGAUGAAUUUCUAAAUUUGAGUGGUGUCAUAAAAAAUUUUAGAUAAAUUUGUUCUUUCUUUUCCUUGUACAUAAUGUACCUUCUGUCAUAUUCUUCUUUCAGUCUCAAAGUUAAGAUAUAUGUUAGUAUAUGCCUUGGUCAUGAUCUUGUGUAUUUUCCCUAUUGUUGUUGUUUUUCCAGUGAGCUAUUUCGAGCAUUCACAUUGGGAAAGUUUUAUUUUGCUUAACAUUUAAAAAAUCUUUCUUCUCUUUAGUGGUACAAAUAUGUAUCUGUUUGAUAUCAUUGUUAUCUUCUAUAUUUAUUUUCUAUCCUGCAUUUACAUCAUUACUUCGGGUUUUUUUGUGUGUGUGUCUCUGUGUGUGAUUGAAUCUAGCCGUCUGUUAGUGAAAAAUUCUACAUGAAUGUCAUAUUUCUUCAUGCUUAUACAUUAACAGCAGAAUUAUAAUAUUUACAUCCCAGGUAUUUGGUUACAUUCUAGGGUAAAAAAGCUAAUGCCUUUCUUUAUGUGAAGAGGAAGAUAUGCAAUAAAACAAUAUAACAGUAUUUCCUUGUAGUGGGUAGCUGUUCCAGCUUUGACCUGGAAGUACUAUCCCCAUUGAGGCUUCCGGUAACUGCCAUGCCUGCGAGGUGGGGCCAAGACAGGAGACCUUAAGACCUGAGAUCCGGAUGUGCUGGCUCUCUUGGUUCCUGGAUCCUGGAUGCUGGAUGUAGACCGAGCAGAGUUCUCCAGAGAACACCGCUGGACUGCAUUUCACCUCUCCUGGACCCUGUAACCUAUCCCUUUACUUGUAAGUUACCCCACAAAAUAAACCUCCUUUUUAACUAUGUGGAAUUGCCUUAAUACUUCCACUAGUAUUUCCUCCACAUUUUAAUUAUAUAGAAUUUCCAUCAUGUAGAACAAUAGAAAGGAUAGCAUAAUACACAUCCAUAUAAUGUUGAUCUAGAUUUAACAACGUACAUGUUAUUUCUUCCUAAAAUACUGAUACUUAGAUAUAGACACUAUAGAAUUAUACUCUUAAGUAAUUAAGUAUCCAUCUCCUGAUAAUAAAGGAAAUUCUCCCAUAAGAGUGGAACAUCAUUAUCAACUUAAUAUGAUGUACCAGUUUACUUUCAUAUUUUUUCCAUUUUCUCUCAAAAAUGUUUUAUAGAUUCAUUGCAGUAUGAUGAACACAGAGUAAAUGUAACAUUUAAAGUGUUGAAUAUAAAUAAUAAACUUGACAUAAGGAUGUACUUCUCAAACCAUCACUGAAAUAAAAGACUAUAUUUUUAUUUAAUGUCUCUUUGUCAUCUAGCCUUCCUCCACACCAAUUUUCAUCCAUAAGCAACUAUGAUUUUUCUUGUCAUAAUAGAUUAGUUUGCAUCUUCUACAAUUUUAUGUGAAUUGAAUUAUAUCAUAGGCACUCUUGUUUGACUUCUUUCAUCAUAAUUGUUUGUAUUGUUAUGUAUGUGUAUGUAUAUUCAGCCCUUUUAUUACUCAAUAGUAUUUUAUUAUAUUUGUGGGUUCUUUUGUUUGUUUUGCUUUUUGUGACAGGGUUUCUCUGAGUAAAAGCCCUGGCUGUCCUGGAACUUGCUUUAUAGACUAGGCUGGUCUUGAACUCACAGAAAUCCAUCUGUCUCUGCCUUCCAAGUGCUGGGAUUAAAGGCACGCAUCAACAAUGCCCAUUUUAUUAUAUUGAUAUGCCAAAAUUUGUCCAUUCAUGUAUUGACAGAAAUGUAUAUUUCUAGUCUUUGACUACAAAUAAAAUUGUUAGGAACAUUUAUAUACAUGUCUUUGGAUGAACAAUUUUCAUUUUUCUUUGAUAAGUGCUUAGGAAUGAAUGGAUUGGUUACAUUGUAAGUACAUACCUAACCACUUCAGAAGUUGCCAAACUAUUUUCCAAAGUGGUUGUACCAUUUUACAUUUCUAGCCAGCAGCAUAUAUGUAUCACAGUCAUGUUGUAUCCUUUCCCAAAAUGUGUAAAUAUUAUUCUUCAUUUUAGUGGGGUGUACUGUUAUCUCAUUUGUGGUUUUGAUGUGUACUUCUCUAAUAAGCAAUACUAUUGAGCACAUUUGUAUGUAAAAUAUACACAUUAUCUUAGUUGAUAUAUCUUUUAAAAUAUUUUGCUCAUGUUUAUUGAGAUCGGUAGUGUCAUUAUGUGGCAUAGACUGAUUUGAACUCGGGGACUUAAUUGACCCCCCUACUUCAGGCUCCUAAAUAGCUGAGACUAUAGUUGCACUCCACCACACUCAAGUAUGUACUUAUUUUAAAAGUGGGAUGACCUAUUAUUGAAUUGUAUUAUAUAAUAUAAAAUAUUUUUGUCCUAGAGGGAAGGAAGGAAAGGAGAGGAGAGAGAGACAGUUAAUAAAAAAAAAAAUAGCCGAAAAAGUGAGAAAGUCUGACAUAAUAUCUGCUCAAAGAACAACAGACCUAUAAAAUGCUGUGGAAUUCACAAAACUGUCUGUGACCAGUUCGUGAGAUCAAUGUCCAUUAUUCAUAAUAGGAGUAUGAUCUGCUUUUAAUUUAAUCUGAAUAAAUUUGGCUCUUGAAUCAGAG